AUGCUCGUCAACCUCGCCGGCGCCCAAGACGUCGAGGCCGGCGACGGCACCACCUCGGUCGUCGUCAUCUGCGGAAGCUUGCUCGGCGCCGCCGACCGGCUGCUGUCCAAAGGCAUCCACCCUUCCGUCAUCUCCGAGGCUUCCAGAGAGAGCAGCCGGCGCGGCGCGGCCAACACGUCGCUGUCGUCCAAGAUUGUGUCGCAGUACUCGAACCUCCUCGGGCCCAUGGCCGUCAACUCGGUUACCAAGACGAUCGACAUCAAGACGGCGGAUAACGUGGACCUGAACAACAUUCGAAUCAUCAAAAGCGAGCUCGUCGACGGCCUCGUCCUCAACCAGCCUGUGCUGAAGAACGCCGGCGGACCGGCGCGGAUGGAGAAGGCGCGCAUCGGACUGAUCCAGUUCCAGCUGAGCCCGCCCAAGCCGGAUAUGGAGAACACGAUUCAGGUCAACGACUAUAGGCAAAUGGACAAGAUCGUCAAGGAGGAGCGCCUCUACCUGCUGAACAUGGCCAAGAAGAUCAAGAAGGCCAAGUGCAACGUGCUGCUGAUCCAGAAGUCGAUCCUCCGCGACGCCGUCAACGACCUCUCCUCCACUUCCUCGCCAAGCUCGGCAUCCUCGCCAUCAAGGACAUUGAGCGGGACGAGGUCGAGUUCAUCUGCAAGUCGACGGGAUGCAAGCCAUCGCCGACAUCGAAUCCUUCACCGAGGACAAGCUCGGCUCGCCGACCUCGUCGAGGAGGUGCAGUCGUCGGGCGCGCGCAUGGUCAAGGUGACGGGCGCCAAGGCGACGGGCAAGACCGUCUCCGUCGUCGUCCGCGGCGCCAACUCUCUCAUCCUCGAGGAGGCGGAGCGCAGCUUGCACGACGCGCUCUGCGUCAUGCGCUGCUCGUGA